UGCAGACAGAAUCACCGAAAGUAAGUGGAUUUUAUUUUGUUUCAAAUAUCUUCAAACGUUACAAGAUGGGACAAACCAUGACUUAAGUUCUGUUUGACUUUUUUUCCCCCUGUGCUUCACGUUUAUUCCUCAACCCUGAAGAAGACUCAACUCCCACAUUAGCAUUGCGAAGAUAUCCUAAAGAUCCAAACCAAGGCAGGGAACAAAUGGAUGAGAAUACAACAACUGAUAGCCUCAAUGCCUCCACCACAUUCACCACCGACUUGGAUUCACCGAUCUGUCCUCUGUAUGAAGACUACAAACACACACUACUACCCGUCACCUACAGCUUGGUGUUUCUCCUGGGUUACCUCAAUGGAGCAGUCCUUUGCUUAUCCUGGCGUCUCACUCGCAAGUGGAGUUGCAGCACUAUCUACCUGGUGAACCUCGCUGUUGCGGACUUACUUUACGUCUGCUCUCUUCCUUUGCUCAUCUUGAACUAUAUUUGGAGGGACAGGUGGCCUUUUGGCGACUUCCUGUGCAGGCUUGUGCGCUUUCUCUUCUACGCUAACCUUUACGGGAGCAUCUUAUUCCUAACCUGCAUCAGCGUCCAUCGCUACCUGGGGCUUUGCUUCCCCAUGAAGUCCAUCGAGUGGAGAACACGUCGGCUGGCAGUGGAGACUUGCGUCGUUGCCUGGAUUAUGGUAGGUUUGCAAGUUGUACCCACUUACCUUUACGCACAUACAGGCAGCCUGGCCAACAAGACGGUGUGCUAUGACCUGACCAGUCCUGAUAAUUUCCACAACUAUUUACCCUAUGGCACUGUAUUAACUGUGACUGGGUUUGUUAUCCCCUUCGUGAUCAUCAUACUGUCUUAUUGCUGUAUUAUAAAGACAUUGAUCGUGUCGGGAGACAGUACACAAUUGCAGAAACCAGUGCGAACCAAAUCGAUCCGCACCAUCGUGUUGGUGUGUGGCUUGCUGGCUGUUUGUUUUGUUCCCUUUCACAUCACCCGCACAAUUUACCUCUUUGUCCGGGCGUAUCUGGCACAAGACUGCAAUAUCUUGCAGACGGUCAGCUUGGCGUACAAAAUCUGGAGACCGGUCAUCAGCUUCAACAGCUGCAUCAAUCCUCUUCUGUAUUUCCUCUCUGGAGACAACUACAGCACCAGACUAGGGCUGAGACUCAGAGCCAGAUAGGUUCAAUGGUUAGGAGUCAGUCUGCAGGGUGCAAAGAAUUCAACUCUGGAUGGAUCUUAAUCCCCCAAAAUGGUCUGAGUAAUCCUGUUUAACAGAUCAUUUAGCGAGUUAGAGAGGAUGGGCCUUUGCA